AUGUCUGUCGUGGAAGCCACCAAGCUAAUUGGUGAGAAAGCGAGUUUGACUCUGAAGAAGAGCACUGAAACGGGGUACUUUCUGUUGAGGCCGUUCCUGCCUCUGUUGCAGCAUUGCAGCCAAUUGAAUGGAGAUCUGCAGUUCGAUAAUGUGGACUUGGGCGCAGACCAGUUAAGCAUGGAGCAGGAGGAUGCGCUUUUAUCGCAAUACGGGAUUCUGGUAGACACAAACGAUGCUGGCGAAAAAUGGAUAACGGGUGACAAGGCACAUGAGCUGUUAGAGAUGCUGAACUUGGGACAUCUGUUUCAGGACGCCUUUAGCCGCAAUAAGAGCGUGGAUGGAGUCGCUCACGCCGAGAAUGCUGGCCUCGGAGAUCAGGCGACAGACCCAGAGAGUCGCGAGGACCAGUCGAAUGGCCAGGGCCCUGCAACAGAGUCACAGCAGUAUCGUGACACAGCAGGGAAUAAGUCUAUCAAGAGAGUGAGUAAGGAUAUAGAGCUUGCCGGAAACUCGCAGAAGGGGCUGGGCUCACCGCUUAAGAAACUACGCCUUGAUAGUGAAAAGAAUGAGAACCUGGAAGAGAAUCCGGACGAGAAAGCUUUGGCCACUAGGCCGAUUUGCACCUUUCGUCACGACACAGACCAUCUGUCUGAAUCUCCGGUAAUUCAGAGAGCCCAGGCGGCCGUGUUUGUCUCGGAUAAUAGCCAGAGAAUAAAACUAGAAACGUUCUUACAGAGACUCCUCUUCCCUACGGCACAGGAUAUGGCGUCUCCGUCUUCAUCAAACGCUUCCCAUUCGGUGCCUUUUGAAGAUUUACUGCACGAGGUCGAUCUGGCACAUUCGCAUGUACCGUUGAACCUUAAUAUUCCAGUGGAUGAAAGAGGGAACACUCCACUUCAUUGGCUGGCGUCAAUUGCCAAUCUGGAACUAGUCAAGAAACUAGUGGAACACGGAUCUAACAGGCUGAUCGGUGAUAAUAUUGGUGAAUCGGCGCUGGUGAAAGCAGUUAAAUCGGUUAACAACUAUGACUCAGGAACCUUUGAGGAACUGUUAGAUUAUCUUUAUCCAUGUCUUAUUCUGGAAGAUUCCAUGAAUAGAACCAUCCUCCAUCACAUUGUGAUAACGUCCGGCAUGGCAGGAUGCUCUGCGGCGGCCAAAUAUUAUUUGGACAUUUUGAUGGGGUGGAUCGUGAAGAAACAAUCGAGGCCUCUAACGGGCGCAGGAAGCGACAAGAUUUUGGAAGCAUUGGAUUUGAAGUGGGUGAUUAAUAAUAUGCUAAACGCUGUUGACUCUAACGGUGAUACUUCUCUUAACAUUGCUUCCCGGUUGGGAAACGUUGCCAUAGUAGACGCUUUGCUAGACUAUGGUGCAGAUCCGUACGUGGCCAACAAGUCGGGCCUAAGACCGGUGGACUUCGGUGCGGGCACGACAAAAUUGCAUUACAACGGAGCGUCAAACUUGAAUCUGGAAAACCCUAUAGCAGAUUCCCUUUCACACGACCAGAAUGGUACUAAUCUGCCCGAUACCAUGUCUCUGAUAAAGAGCAUGCAAUCUUUAUUGUCAACCGUCUCACAGGACUACAAUGCAGAAGUCAAGGAGUAUCAGGAAAAGCUAAAUAAGCUGCAUAAGGAAUUGAAUGCACAGCGUGAACUGCUGGCUGCCUCAAGAGAUCGCCUUGCACAUGCAAAACAACUAAAGGAUGAGUAUAUUCUGUUGAGAGAUCAACUUAACAACCUAAAGCAAGGUAUUAUAGAGGAAGGUGAAAAGUUCCAAAAGGAAUGCAAAAAUCUCGGAUUGAAUUCGGAGGAUGCUGCCGGCGCUGAUUGGGAUUCUAGCGAAUUUGACGCUGAUGAACCUUUUCGAGUUGAUUUUAUAUAUGAGAUCCUCGAAAAGAAGCUUGCAGCUCAAUACAACGGGGAUAUUGAUAAACUUCUUACUGCCGAAUCUACUGAUAGUGUCUUAGAAGAAGUACGAUCCCAGUACUCUGCACAACACGACAAUGAUAAAUUAGACUCUUUACUACCGCCAUCAGUCUUGCUUAAGGCAAGGAUAAAUGCAUACAAAAGGAACGACAAACAGUUGGACAACGCAAUUGCCGAGAUUCAACAAAAACAACAGGAUUUAGAGGGUAAAUUUCGCAGGGUGCUAUGUCUUUGCCUGAAAAUUGAUGAAGAUAAGGUUGACGAUAUGCUCGACGGACUACUGCAGGCAAUAUCUUCUGAGGACCCACAGGAUGUGGAUACGGAUGAAAUGCAUGAUUUUUUGAAGAAGCACAACGUUUGA